AGGUACUCAGUGAUGUCUUUCUGAGGACAGCCACACUACAAAACAUUUCAAUAAACAUGGCCAGCAAACUCUGGAUUUACUUUUACAAUCUAUGAAAUGUUAACACAAAUGGAUUUAUCAAUACUCUGGUAUGGUUUUUUCUUCAUCGAAAGAGAAGUCAUCAGAUUCAGCUGUCUCUGCCAUUUGAAGGUAACAGCUACAGGGGGUGGCUAAAGGACCUUGGAUAUUCUCUGCAUCACUUACUCCACCGUUUACCGUUUUGAUGGUAUCGGGGUGAAAAACUUGUAAGCUUACCGUUUGGAAAAUGGGAUGUUCACCAUCCAAAGGUAAUACAUUUGGGACUGCGGGCUCUUUGAAGAGGGGAAGAAUGCUGCCCGCUGUACCUCCAGAGCAGCCUAGAGAAGUCAAUGCCAAUCAUAUUUCUGCUGGAUCUAUUAAAGACAGGAAGUCUAUUGGACAAAAACAGUUAUUUCAAGAGGAUGAACUGCCAUUAUCACAAGAAGGUACACGUGUGACUAUUCCUGCCACAGAGGUAUUAAACCCGAAUACAUUGACAAGUCAAAGAAUAGAUAACAGCAACAUGAUGCAGAAAAACGUAAACAAUGGGGACAAGCAGGAAGUCAUUGAGAAAAAGGCAGGCAAAAAAACAAAGAGGAUUUCAAGAGGUAUGAAAGUGCUGAAAAGGAAAGAUAAAGAGAUGCAGAAAAUUGAUUUCCCAGAACUUCUGGUAAAAGCUCACCAAGCUGCUUAUGCCUUUUUAAACCCUAGCAUAAACAAAUAUGAUGAUGUACUUGAACUGCUGGAAAAAGCAAUGCAAACUCAAGCCUUUCUACAGCCAAUGGUUUCUUUUCUGGCAUUGCGCUAUGAAGAAAUAAUUCAGGUUCUGGAAGAAAUUGUUGAUGAAGGAGAAAAAAUGCUUAAAGAAAAUGGCGAACAUCUUGCUUGGCCAAGUCAAUUGAAAAACCUGUCAUCUUCUGCACCUCUAAAAUCACGCUCUGCUAUAGAGACCCCACCGGAUUUGUUGCAGCAGCUGCUUCAAUACACCACACAGAGAAUGCAGAAUGUGAGCCAGACUGUUGGAGGAAUUGGGGACUCUGCCCUGCAGGAGGCGGUGGAAUACUUCUAUUCUGUCUCAGAACUUUUAGAGGAGAAACUGAAAGUCAAACGUGAAGUUGAGACUAGGAUAAUGCGACUGUCAUCCCGCAUUGAAUUGGCAUCUCUUCGCAAACUUGGGCCAGAGGACUCUGCUCUCUUUAGCGAGGACAGUGGUAUUGGGGCUGAGAGUGAAUCCCUUGCUGGAUCAGAAGGGCAUCAUAGGCGUGUGAGUUGUGAAUCUAGUGGAACCAACAGAACUACUCCAAUAAGUCAUUUGGCAUACACCUCAGCAGGAGUGGCAAGGAAAAAACAGGCGUGUCAAAUAAGUCCAAGUGCUUCCCUUACUUCACUGACCUCAUUAGCUUCUAUGUGCACAAUGAUGGCUAAUAUGCAAGGUGAAUCAUUACAAGGAUCCGUCUCCUUAGAUGAUGGUGAGGAAGAUGAUGAUGGAAAUAAAAUGGAUGGAGACAUUGGAAAUAGACACGAAGGGAUGAGAAAGCAAAUGACUUCUCCACCGUUAAAUUGUGAACAACGAAAACCAUUACGCUUACCCUCCAAACGUAUAGAGAAUCCUAAAAACAUAGAAAUGACCUUAAAAAUGAAAAAUGCUUUGAGUGGUAAAUUACAGUUUCUCCAAUCAACAAGCAUUGUUGCCAAAUCAAAGGUAGCAGGUAGUCCAAAAGCGGUGAGAGGACAAGUGACUGAUGAGGCGGGGCCAACUCUAAAAAGAUCUCAAACAACAGUUCGAAGAGCAGUAGUCAAAGCAACCCCAGUGGUGGAAGAGAGACGUUCCCGUUCUGUUGAAUCUUUGCGCAGCAAAUGUGACAAUCCCACUUUGCUUGAACUGGAAAAGUCUCAGAACAAAAUAAGUCAGAGGUUGCAAAAAAUAGCCAAAAGCAAGGACAGCGUAAAGCAAAACUCAAAAGCAACAAAAUCCAAACAAAGUCAUAGAACAUCACCAGCAGAGUCUCCGAGAAUAAAUCGUAAGCACCCAUCUUUGGAAAAGGAUGGCAAUCUACGAGACAAGGCAACACUUACAAAGCACAUCACCAAAUGUCAGGAAGCUGCCACCAGUAUAGAGGAAGACGAUAAGCCGAAAGAUCAGACAACAUUUAAGGGUCCUGUUAAAGCUACGCCACCUCCGAGUCCCCCUGUAUCACCAAGACCCUCUUCAAGUCUGUAUAAAGGCAGGAAUUCUGUCAGAAAACUCAUAGAUACUUUCAGUCAAGGAAUAGAAGAUAUGGACAGCUCUGAUGUUAUUGGACCACUUAGAGGUGUACGGAAGUGUGGUGUUCCAGUGUUGCCAGGUUUAGGAAAUGUCACAGCUUUUCUGAGCCCGGGGAAAACCAGUUGUAGACCUGAUAGACCACAAUGUGAGAACACUGAUUAUUUAGAUUUGGAUAGUCUUCCUCCACCCCCACUCGAAGUGUUAAUGGACAAUUCAUUUGAAAGUGCUGGUGUAACAGAUGCUGGAACAAUCAAACCUGUAAAAUCACCUAUGGCAAAAAGGACUGGACUGUCACAGCGACUACGGGCCUCAGGUCGAUCUGUAAUAGUGCUACCAAGCAAAGGUGGUGUGCCACAAUGUACAAAGGAAAUUUCCCCAGCUAAAGUAGAUCAAGUCAUAACAUUCCAGACAAAUGUCAGUCAACCAGAUGUUCAAGGUGAACUUGACCCAGUGAAGGAAAUAAAUUCUACUUUGUUGCUGCAAAUUAGAAAAAAUAGGUACCUUAAACACUCUUCCCACUCACAGUCGGAAAAAUCUUUAAAAAAUUAUGAAGUAACAAGUCAAUCUAUCAGUCAAAAAGAUUCAACAACUAUACAGGAGGAUGACAACCUCUUGAUGGCGGAAAUAAACUCAACAUUGUCUGAAGUGCCUCCCUCAUCGGCCGCCAGUAGUCAGUCACUUGCCACUCCAGCGCAGUCAAAGGGUCGAGUGUUGCCAUCCACGCCUUUGACUAAAAGGACUACUCAUCGAAGACUUCCUAGUCCCCACAGUUUCAAAAAGACACCAACACCGCCCUCUUCAGCCAGUCCCCCGGUUACCAGAAGACCUACCACUACACCAGAAGGUCACAAGAGACUUACCAGCUGGCCUGUUAUGAAGACUUUGAAUUCAAAUGUUUCCUCCGAAUACCCAUUCAAAGCACCAUCACCGCCUGCUUCACCAAAAGUUCAAAGAUGGUCAAGAGAAAACAGCACCGAAGACUCUACUCGGUUGAUCAGUAAUGCACGGUCUGUCUUUUGCCCAAUUUCUUCAUCCUUGUUUGAGGCCAAGCCUUGUACAGCUCCUCAAACGACUCAAGCCUGGACGUCUGCCGGAGGCUCUUCUCUAUCACAUACUUGUGGGAAUCGUGGCAGGUUUCCUAUGUAUGUCCCAGGCCCCCGACCUUUUAUCCAACGAAGCCAUUCAGAGAGAAGAUCAAGUUUAAACUUUCCACCUCAAUCCCCAGGCUUCUCAGUUGCUGAGACUUGUGGAAGUGAACCAGCUAUUUGCACACAGGGACUAGAUGAUGAACUACCUAGAGAAGAGGAAUCAUGGGGAAGCCAGUCCAGCCUCAGAUCAACUCCACUCUCUGCAUCCUACCCGGACUUGUGUGUUGUUGGACAGUCCUUGCACAGGGACUAAAUGGACCAAUGACCAGUGGACCACUGGGAUUAUGGAUUAACAGGUUUUAGAAAGGAUUUAAAGUGAUGAUUCACCACUGGUAAGAGAGGAGUCUUUCUAGCCACCUUGAGGUUCUACAACACAUGGACAAUGUCUGUAUGAGCAAAUGUGCAUUUCUACACAUUUAUACAUUUCAAGCAAAUGCAAAAAAAGCAGUCAUGUGCUGACAUAACCUGAUUUAUGAGUGUUUUCAAAGAAAACUACCACACACACUCAAAUUUGAUCAAAACGAGGUUGAUUGAUCAGCGGAUUCCUAAAAGCAACAACCUAUUUCAUAUAUUUUUGUAAUAAAGAUAUUAUUUUGGGCUACCAGACUUUCUGUUACUGUAACUGCAGGUUCCAGAAUCCGCUGAUUUUAUGACAGUUUUCUGUAUGUCAAAACACUGUAUAUAAUUAGUUUAUAACCAAUGAUUGUUAUUUUUUUAAUUUUCUGUUUGUCAAACCUCUUUUUGUACAGUGUAGUAAACUGUAAACAAACAAUGUUCCUUGCAUUUCAUAUUAAUUCGGUUGACUCCAUUCAUUAUAAAUAGGGAUGUCCGAUAAUGGCUUUUUGCCGAUAUCC